CGGCGCUCUGGGCCGCAGGUGAACAUGGCGAGCGUCAGGGCUCCGGCGUCGCUCUGGACCCUUGCGCUGUGUCGGCGCGGCCCGAAGCGGGCCUCCCUCAGGGCCCGAGCGCAGCCCCGGCAGGGUGGCCUGCUGCAGCCGCCGUCCCGGCCCCUGGAACCGGGACUGCCACGCCGCCUGCUCAGCCUCGGGCCGGAACAUGGUAGCUCAGUGAUCAAGAAACCCACAUUUAUGGAUGAGGAAGUCCAGCGCAUACUCGUUAAGAUGACUGGCUUGGACUUGGAGAAAACUUUUAAGCCAGCUAUACAAGAACUGAAACCACCAACGUAUAAGUUAAUGACCCAGGCACAACUGGAGGAGGCUAUGAGACAAGCAGUUGAGGCGGCGAAAGUGCGAUUAAAAAUGCCUCCGGUUCUAGAAGAGCGAGUGCCGAUCAAUGAUGUCCUAGCUGAGGACCAGAUCUUGGAAGGAACAGAAACAGCCAAAUACGUGUUUACUGAUAUAUCCUACAGCCUGCCCCACCGGCAACGUUUUAUUGUUGUCAGAGAACCCAGUGGCAGACUACGCAAAGCCUCUUGGGAAGAACGGGACCGGAUGAUACAAAUUUAUUUCCCAAAAGAAGGUCGUAGAGUUCUGCCUCCAGUGAUCUUCAAGGAAGAAAACCUUAAGAACAUGUACAGCCAGGACCGGCACGCUGAUGUCCUCAACCUGUGUGUGGCGCAGUUUGAGCCCGACUCCAGGGAGUACAUCAAGGUUCACCGGCAGACCUACGCAGACGUAGAGAGGCACGGGAAGUACGACCUCCUACGCUCCACAAGGCACUUCGGGGGGAUGGCGUGGUAUCUUGUAAAUGAGAAAGCGAUCGAUGGUCUGCUGGUUGACCAGAUCCAGAGAGAUUUAGUCGACGAUGCUGUGAGCUUGGUGCGGCUGUAUCACAUGGUGCAUGCUGAUGGCCGCUCGGCCCGGGAGGCGCACGCGCAGGCGGCUGAGGGAGUCGGUUUAAUCAAGGUCUUCGCAAAAACAGAAGCCCAGAAAGGGGCAUAUAUAGAAUUAACACUGCAGGCUUACCAAGAAGCAGUCAUCAGCCAGUCUGCAGCUUCAUGAAAGUAAUUUAA